GUUCAAACUUCAAGAAUCUACACGACACUUGCAAAACAUACUGUGUCCGUCUUUGCACGGAAGAAGGCCAUAUUUUAACAAACAAACAAACUUCAAAGAAAAGAGAAUAAGUAUAACAGUGUCGUUUUCAGUUUUGUUGGUUGAUGUGAUAUGAUUAAAACAAAUAUUUAUUCAGUUUUUUUCAUUCAAGAAGUGACAUAUUAUUUAAAUUCUUGAUUAAAAAACAAAUAUAAAUCGGUUUUUUAAGACAUUGAUGUGAUUUACAAAACCAUUUAUUGUUUUUUGUUUUGUUGAUGAAAUAUUCAGUAAGUGCCUUUUAAUUAUGGCUGAGAUUGACAAAGCGGUCCUCAUGUCUCUCGAACCAUCUCAUAAUCUGGAGACAACAUUAGAAAAUGGAAACGAUGGAAAUGAUUUUCCGAGGAUGAGUCCAGUGCAAAUACAACAAGAAUAUUAUGAAAAUCUUCCUGAUUGUGAUUGGAUUAAAUAUGAGUAUGCUGAAAGAAAAUAUUUAUUACAAAAUGUGGCAUUUGCAUUAUUUGGAAGUCCAACAGCCGAAGGGGAUAUGGCUCUGAACUCUGGAAACAUACAACUGGAAGGUUACACAUCACGACAAAGGGAACAAGUUAUGAAAGUUUAUAAAUCAAUCUGCAAGCAAAGUAAAUAUGCACAAAAUGAUUCAGACAUUUACAUGUCAGUAUUAUUAAUUGUAUGUGGAAAACCAAAGGCUCUUAAGUUUUACGAACUUGAACCAUCCAAUUAUUGGCUAGAUUUGCACCAAAGAACAGAUAUUGACAUUUGGUGCACAGCUGUAUUCAAGAUAAGGAAAUGUGUACCAACUGUAGUUGGAGCAAAUUCUUGUAAGGUUUAUGUUGAUGAGAAUGGCAGGGUUUACCAAUCUUGGGAGUCAUAUUUAAAAGAUAACACAUUACCUAAAUGUGUUAUUAUCGCUCCAGAAAAUGGUGAAUAUAAUGGAGUUGUUACUGAGGGGGAUCACAUGUUUGCAGUGAAGCUAACAGUGGCACCAUCGCCUUCAUUGGGGUUAAAGGCCAGAGUUCUAAGUUCAGUGGACACGGCUAGCACCGUUGCUACAUUAGGUGCUGUAGGUGUACUCGGUGUUGCUGCAUUCACACCUGUGGGGCCGGUAGUGCUUGCUGGUGCCGCUGUAGCAACUGUUGCUACGGGAGUCUACGGCCUUUUCAGAUCAUCACUGCACCUCCAUGAUAGAAAGAUUCAUGAACAGACUUUGAGUCCCACAGACCCCGAAGCCCGUGGUAGUUGGCUAAACAUAGCUGCCUCUAGCGUGGGACUUGCCGCAGGUGCUGCUAGCACUUUACUGUCCAAAUCAGCAGCUGCUGGCACCAAUCUGACAAAGACGGGUCAAGCUUUGGCAGUGUCGGUUGAAGUUCUACGCCAUGCGAAUAUAAUAACAGGUGGAAUGGGUGUUCUGAACAGCUUAGUACACAUAAUUGUCAAGUACACAAAGCACGGCGAGAAGCCAACAACCCUCGAGUUGUUCCAAUUCUCAGCGGCAACACUCUUCUUCUGUCAUGCUGUGGUAUCAAACAAAACAGCACAAAAUAUCGUAGAAGAUGCCCAAGCUAGCACUAUUAACGAAUAUCGAACUACUCUAAGAAGCAAUAAGCACAGGAAGAUAUUCGAUAAAAUCAGCGCCGAAUCCCGUAGAGUCAGUGGCACGAUCCAGGGUAACGUUGAAGUGAUCCGAGGCAUCAAGAAUAUUGCAAACAAGGACCAGUACUUUGCCGAUGUUCUGAAGAUAAACAAAGACGUCAAUCAGCACAAACUAAGGAUAUCUAUGACAGCAGACGGCCAGGUUAAAUUGAACGCUGUGCACAAAUUUAAUCCUUCAGAGCUAUACAAUUUAGGGAAUGAGGGUAGGUCGCAAUUAUUCUCAUCGAUAGGGCCAGCUACCGUCACCACUCCUAAUGUUUCAACACGAGUGGUACCUUCAGUUAAUGCAGUAGCAGGAUAUAUUGAUGGUGAGGAAGAACCAAGCUUCCUGGUUGGAAUCCAUCCAGGGGAAAUAAUUCAAAUCGGCUCUUUAUUGAUUCGUGUUAGUUCUUCGGGUGCUGAGAAUAUAUCAUUGAUGUUAGAAAACCUCAGUCAGAAUGCGUACGCCAAUCUGAUGACGGUUGCAUUCAACCUCCUAUCGAAAUUGUUACCAGAGGAAAUAGCAAAGCUGAGGCUGCUGAGUCCCGAUGAGGACUUGAUUUUCCAGAUUGUUAAAUUUGUUUUCAAUUAUCUAAGACACCAACGCCCUCUAGGUGAGGCGUCCGACAACGAUAACGGCAUAGUCGUUAUUCUGAAAGAGUUCUUCCAAAACGGCGUCGUCCGACAAGACACCAUACUAAAAUUAAAAGACAAUCUCAUAAAUUGGAUGAACGCCGAAAUUGACGAGAGGCGUAGAUUAUACCCAAAUAAGAUACUCAUCAGAUGUCAAACAUGUGAUGGAGUGAGAUAUGCUUGAAUUUAAAGUUUUACAUGCAAAACUAUUUUACAUAGAAAUAAUUAUAUUUGUUAAACUUUUACCCAUCAUUAUGUAUAAAUCUAAGGGACAUAUCAAUAUGUGAUCAUUUUUAUACAUAUUAUAAAAUAAUUGCUAUAAUUUUUUUUAGAUGCCUUUAAAAUUGUAUACCAAAAAACAGCACUUAUGUAUAAGACAUAUAUUAGAGCUUAUUAUAUAUUAUUAUAAACUAGCUUUUAUUGUCAUAUAUAAAAUUACCAUGUGUUUAUUUAAGACAAUGUUAUAAAACGUGAAUUAUAUUAAGAUACGAGAGUUAUGAUUUUAUUAAGUCACUAUUAGAAAUUAAUCAAAUAUAUUUAAAUUUAUUUACAUUUUUAAUUGAUAUAAGUAUGUUAUAAAGCUAUACUGGCUAUGACUCAGGUUAUUCAUCCACGGAGAUGAUUUCGGCAACCGAAAGUCCGAUCGAGUCGAGGUUUUUUUGGUCGAUAGACGAGUUAUCUGGGGUGAAUUUUAUCAAAAAAUUAGGAUGGACCAUCAAUUUCAAUUUUAGGGUCAGUAUACGGAACCCAUGUCCAAAAAACGCUACGGUACCCUCCACUCAACUUGCACCGAGAGCCUUUUUUUCUAGCGAAGCGAGAAACGAAUGCGAAGCUGCAUCUCCGAGCGUAUUUUUAUGGUAAAUCCAGUUUUUAAUAUCUGUGAUAAAAUAUUUAUCAUUGGCUAUUUUAAAUUGAUUGGAAACACAAUUAUUGUGCCUUGGCUGUUUGUAAUGUUCCUUGUAUUAUUAAAGUAUAAAUAUGGGCUUAUGAUUUUAUUUUAAUAAAUGAAUAUAAUGUUAGUA